AUGUCUCGCAUCGCAACCUUCACUGACAAGGCUCCGGCCCCGCUUCCUGUCUUCAACCAGGCCAUUGUCGCCAACGGCUUCGUCUAUACCUCCGGCUCAAUUGCCCAGGACCCCGCCACCGGCAAGAUCAUUGACGGAGAUAUCCAGGCUCACACACACCGAGUCAUCCAGAACCUCUCUGCCGUUCUUGAUGCGUCUGGUUCCAGCAUCAAUGAUGUCGUCGAGGUCAACAUUUACCUCGCCGACAUGGGAGACUUUGCCAAGAUGAACGAGGUAUACGAGACCUACUGGGGUGAUGUCAAGCCCGCGCGAACCUGCGUUGCCGUCAAGACCCUGCCGGCCAACACGGACAUUGAGAUCAAGUGUAUGGGCGUGGUUACCAAGCCCGGGAACAUCCAAGCAAAGAUCUAA